AUGACAAAACACCAAAAGUUAAGGCAGUGUCAUAAAAAUUCGAAGUGGCAAGGCGGAGUCAUAUCAACACACCAACAGUUAAGGAAAGAUUAUAACAACACUCUAAAUAUUUGCCCCCGUCUCUCUUUCUCUUUCGCUUUCUCUCUAUAUAUUUUCCUCUCUCUUGUGUACUCUCUCGCUUUCUUUCUUUCUUGUCUUGAUCCUUUCGCCGCUCCCUCGUUCUCUCACUAUGUCAGUCAUUCAAUCUCUCAUUCACUCUUUAUUUCGCUCUACUUUCUCUCUUUCUUAUGCACGUACUUAUUGCAAUCUUCUUCCUGUUAUAUGUCGCUCUUUGCGUCUCUCUGCUACUUUCUUUUAACCUCUCGCCUCUUUCUUUCACUCUUCUCCUCUCAAUGUCUACAUUAUUCAAAAUCCUCUUUUGUGCGCGUUUUGCCUAUCUGUCUUUUCUCUUCUUUCUUUAAAGUCUGGUUUCUCCAGUUCUAUCUGUCUUUCUCCCAGUUAAAUCUGUCUUCUGCCGCCAACAGAAAUAACACUUUUAAUUCGCAUCCCAUUUUUCUCGCUUCUAUUUUUUUUUCUUUCUUUCGUUCCUUUCUUUUUAUAUUCCUCCCCGCACACACUUUCCCCUCUCCUUUCAUCCCUAUCUCCGUCCUCUUCAUUCGUUUUCUAUAUUCCUCUUGGCUGUCUCUUCUUUUACUUCAUUUCUCUCUCCCUCUCUCUCUCUCUCUCUCUCUCUCUCAUCCUUAUAUCCUACCAAUUUCUCCCCUUUCAUCUUCCUCUCUCUCUCUUUUUUCUCUCUUCUUCCCACACACCUUCAUGUUUUUUCUUAUAUUUUUCAUUUCUUCAUUUAGUCUUUGGUAA